UCUCUUUCCCUUCCUUUCCUUUCUCCUCUCCAAAACUCUCUCUCAUUGUAUAUAAGAAAACUUCCUCUUCAUCUCAUUUCCUCUCUCUCUCUCUCUAGAUCUGCUUUUAUAUUUUUUUAAUUAUUUCUUUAUGUGAAGCUUCAAUAAUAUUCAUUCAUUCAUUCCUCCUCCAUUUCCUUCAAAUACAAAAAAAUCACAUUCCUUUCGGAAAUGGCCGAACCACCAUUGAAGCCAGUGCUGCAAAAACCUCCGGGAUUCCGAGACCAGAACUUCCCGACUCAAUCGGCUCCGAAGCCAGUUAUGCGAACACCGCUCCUUCCACAGUCCUACCACCCCAAGAAACGACGCAGCAGCAGGCGUAGCAGGGGCUGUUGUCGAUCAUGCUGUUGCUUUUUCUGUUGCCUAAUCCUAAUCCUGAUCGUCAUCGUCGGCGUCGCCUCCGCCAUUUUCUACCUUUGGUUCUUGCCGAAAACCCCCGUUUUCCGCCUCCAAUCCUUUCGGAUCCCACGUUUCAACGUGACUGUCAAACCGGACGGCACUUAUUUAGACGCACAAACGUUGAUUAGGGUUGAAGCCAAAAACCCGAACGGCAAGCUGUCACUGUUUUAUAAAGAUAUUCAUGUUAACGUAAACGUGAAGGUCGGGGCCAAGGCGGACCCAACUGAAUUGGGAUCGGGGAAGGUGGCCGGGUUCACUCAGAGGAAGAGAAAUACGACGAGCCUGAAGGUGGAGACUAAUGUGAAGAACCAGCUGGUGGAUGAUGGGGAGGGAGCUAAGCUUAAGGCAAGCUUUAAAAGCAAAGGGUUGGUGGUGAGCGUGGAGGCUCGGACUGGGUUGGGAUACAUUGUGCGUGGUCUGAAAAUAGGGCCACUUGGUGUGAAGGUGUUGUGUGGUGGUGUGAGCUUGAAGGGUCUUGAAGAUGGUAAAAUUCCCAAGUGUACCAUCAAUACGCUCAAAUGGAUAAACAUACAUUAAUGGGGUUGCCAUGCUUGAAGAUGAGUAAUGGUGGAAGAGUGAUUGUCAUUUUUACGAGGCAAUUUUUUUCUGGCAUACAUUUGUACCUAUACUCAGGAUUCUUACUAGUUUUAUCGUUUAUAUACUAAAAUAAUCACAUGCAAUAUUCUUUACUUGGUAAAUAAUUAAAAAAAAAAAAAAAAAAAAAAGGAUUGGAGGGCAUCUAUAACAGUCUGACUAGUGUCCAUGUCUAUGCUUUGGAUUCUUCUUAUGUAUAAUGGGAUGCACAUCAGUUGAAUUAUUUAUGGAAUUGUAUUUAUUUGUUUGUUUAAUUUUGGAUGGUAGAUUGGCACAUCAUCUACAUAGAUCUUGUUCUUCAUUUUGUUUUUUGAUAAAUAAAUUGAGAUUCGGUGUGGCCAGUUGUGAGGUA